GGUGGAGCCGGGAGGUCGAGAAAGGCGCGUGCGCGAGCCCGGGACGCGUGGCGGCGGGCGCGGCUCGCAGCGGCACUCGGCAGUGCGCGAGUCGUCGUCGCCUGCCGCGCCGCCGUCAUGGCCGCGCCGCGACGCGACCGCUGACUGCAGCCAACGACCGCGCCCGACUCCCGACAACCGCGCCUGCGGUCUCACGCCGUCACCUAAACUCUUGCGAGUCGGUCUCCCGACUACGUCCCAAUCUGCUCCAGUCUAUCGAGGUGUCGGAGUGAGCUUUGUUCUCGACGGUAACGCGCGCGAGUUUCCGUGUCCCGCGAUAUCCAUCCGCCGUCCGCUCUAUGUUCGUGACGAUACAUAGGUAACGUUAUCACGUACGAAAACAUUUGCUAUAAUCCGGCCGGAAUCUGUCGCGGUUCGUCACGACAUUUCUGAAUAUCUGGACUCUUUCUGAUCGGAUUCUUCCUUCUUCGUGUCAACCGGUAACCGACGGUCGUGUGUUGCGCGUCCGACUGCUCCGAUGCUCUGUCGAGGCGAAAUUAGCUGAAAUUUAGCUCUACGAAGAGUCCGCAUAAAAAUCGUUUCAAUUCGUUGAUGUUGUGGAUAUGGAACGCUGCAGAGGUCGAGUUAACGGUAAUCAGUGUUAAUUAUCUGAGUGUUGAUGUUCCAUCAUAAGAACUCUAGGUGUAGUAGGACAUUCUGUCGUUGGAAUCGCGGCCGUGCUCAUGGACCGAGAAGUAUCAUUGGUCAGGCGGCUCUCACUAUGCGGAGUUGUAGGAAAACCACCCAAAUACGAGGUGUCGGGGGCACAGCGCGGGCGCGAGCGGCAUGCGGCCCCGACGGCAGACGCCCAUGGAGGUCGGCUAGCGCAGCCCCCGCGCCCGCUGUCCCAGCCCCGCCCCGCAGACGCCAUGGAACUCGCUGACGUACCUCGACACCGACCCCUCGCCUUCGAUAAGAUGGAAAGCUUGAUAAAAGAAAUGCAAGAUCCAGAAACAGGCGUCCCCGUGAGAAGUCAAAAACUUUUUCUUACUGUAAUUCCUUCUGCUUUUAUGGGUUACGAUCUUGUCGAAUGGCUAAUGGAACGGUUUAAUCUUGAUGAGACUAGUAAUGGUGAGUGUCAAGUUGUAGGCGCCAGCCAAGGGCCUUGGUCGCGUCGCAGGAACCCAGUAGAUUCUAGCUAUAACGAGAAGCCAAGGCUACCACAGGUCUUAAUAUUUGAAGCAAUAAACUUAGCCAAUCAGCUUUGUCAAUAUGGUUACUUCUUUCCCGUCAACGACUUGAAAAAUCUUGUUUUAAAAGAUGACUCUUCUCUCUACAGAUUUCAGAGUCCAUAUUACUGGCCAUGGCAACCGUCCCGCGUGUCCGGGAGCAGCUCAAACGCCCCCACCCUGGGACCCGACAACGUGGAGUACGCUAUCUACCUAGUGAAGCGGACGCUGCGAAACAAACAGCGACACGGUCUUGAAGAAUACGAGCAAGAGGCGCUGGCCAACCUAAAGAAAAACCUUUCUGCUAAAUGGGAUUUCAUCACCAUGCAAGCAGAGGAACAGGUUCGGUUAGCAAAAGAACGGAAGAAGGGGGACAAGAUAGUGAGUGACAGUCAAGAGCGUGCCUACUGGCGAGUGGCGAGGCCACCCCCGGGAGUUUCCAGCGGCCUCGAGCCGUGCCCAGUACCCGUGCGGUCGCGGCCACAUAAGCCCAAGAAAAGAACCAUACACCAACUGACGAGAGAGAUCGAAUAUUUAAAAACGAGCCUGGAUCGUACACGAGUGAAGACUUCAAUUGCCCUAGAUGCCCUUGUGGCUUAUGCGGAGACCUUCGCUCCCUAUGAUCCUUGGCUCACACCACCACAACCCUCCAACCCUUGGGUCAGCGAUGACACCCUAUUUUGGCAAAUUAAUAGCCCUCUUGUCGAAAUACCAAGUGAAAAACGAGUCCAGCGUUGGGCGCUUUCUAUAGAGGAACUGAUAUCGGAUCCAACAGGGCUGCAAGAGUUCACAAGUUUCUUAAGGAAAGAAUAUUCGCACGAGAAUAUUCGAUUCUGGCUCGCGGUCAUGGAUCUGAGGAGAAGCAGUACCAAACAAAUACCGAAGAAACUUGAGGAGAUUUAUGAGGAGUUCUUGAAGCCUGGAGCUCCAUGUGAGAUUAACAUCGAUGGUGCGACGGCAGAGCGAGUGGCCGAGGGUCUGCGAUCUGGCUCUCGAUACGCGCUCGACCAUGCCGCCGAUCAUGUUUACGGACUUCUAUUGAAAAAAGACUGCUACCCUCGAUUCAUCAGAUCAGAUCAUUUUCAAAGACUACUGACUGAAGGGAAAAACGUCCAUCAGAAAAAAGCCAAGUUCUUCAACUUUGGUGGUCAAGUACGCAAAAAACCUGGUUCGACGAGCGGCACGAGCGGAACCGCUGCGGGGACGGGGGCGGGACUCGCGCGGCGCCGCGGCUCCGACCGCUCCCUAUCCGGCUCCGCACACGAGCUCGCCGUCUGCGCCGUGCAACCGCCGCGUCCGCCAGACCCGCCCGCGCACUCGCACAGCCAGUCCAACCUCACAGACAUACCCUUCAGAGAUCCCCUCGAGGACGAUACCGCCGAUGUUCUUCCCUGGGAAAGCUCAUCAAGAGAAGGAGCGUACGGUGGACGGCGUCGCCAGGACUCAGCAGCAGAUUCGGGCAGCUCGUCUUCGGACGUGAGUGGUGCGGUGUGCGAGCGCACGCGUCGCUUACCACAACAGAGCACGCUCGACGGGGGACUGCGCGGCGCGCCCCCGCCAUUGAGGCGUCUCUCUGCAGUCGAACCUCGUCAUCUUGCGCCACUCGCUUCACCGCCACACUCACCGCGCCCCCCGCGCCCCGCCCCUCGCCCUCUUCCUCCCGUGCAUCCACACCCCACACCCACCAUCAGUGUCAGCUCCGCGCCUGACGACGAAUCGGCCGACUCACCUCCCGGCACCUGUUCGCCAGAGGAACCAAGAUCAAUUGCGCAGUCAGAUGAGCCUUCUUCGGUGUUCGCCUCGGCAGAUGCGACGCCGACGGACUCGGCACGCGCUCCACCGCCACUCCAUGAGGGAUGCAGCUCGCUCGUGGAGAUUGGAAACGAAAUGAUAGCCUCCGAAGAGCAUCCGUCUGCCGUGGCUUCCGUCGUUCUUGGCGGACCGUCAAUCGAAUCGUGCGAAGACUCUACCACAUCAAGAGCGAUUUCUGAUUCGAAGGAAUCUGAUCGAACAAAAUCCUCGGAAGACGAAACGAGCUCGGUGCGAAAACCUAUAACACAGGAGGCGUCGGCUAUAGAUGUCGUGAUGGAACAAAAUCCUGUCGAAGGUGCGGCAGAGCCGAUGAGGGCGGUCGCCCCGCUGGCGGUGUGCGAGGAUACGGCAGUGGAGGAAGAGCCCCCCUCCCGCGCGUCUGACCGCACCGCCUCGUCGCCUUCUGAUAUCGUGAAGCGGGAUAGUAAGCCCGAUCUUGGUGAACGUAAGCUGAGGAACGACAUUUGUCCCUGGGAGGACGAGAAUUCCUGUGAGAGUGAUGCUCCGUUUGUUAAAACUUAUGCUACCCUCGGUUAUUUAUAAUUUCUGUAGGCGUAUAUCGAAAUUGUAUAGAUAGCGGUAAUAAAAUGAGAAUAUUUAAUUUUUAACUAUUAGUCUUAUGUUUUAAGUAUCACAAGAAAUAGAAAACUGAGUAAAGUAUAAUUCAAAAAUAAACGAUCGUUAAUUAUUAGAAAUGAUGAGUUUUUUUUUUGUGAUGUUACAAAAAAAUGCAGCCAUUUUAAUUUCUAAAAAAAUAGGGAGCUCUGAGUCUCCCUUUAAGGUACCUACGAUUAUUAUAACAAAAAGGCCGUGUGAUUAAAGUCAACAUGGAAAACUAAUGAAAAAAUUGUAUUUGAAAAAGGAGUUUAAUCUGAGUCCCACUGUUUUAUUGGCAUUAUAAAUGAAAUCACCUUGAAAUGAUUGUCUGUGAAAUCUUAAAAAUUGAAAAUUUAUUUUUUUAGCGAAUAGAGAUGUCGCUACCUGUUCUAUUAGAAUUAAGAAACAGUCUUCACUUUCGCUUUAUUACGUUUCAUUUACGUAAAUGAUGUCAAUCAAGGAAACACAGGAAUAAGGAUGGUGUUACAAUUUUUUAAUGGAACGAAAAAGAAAAUCACUGAAUCAUUAACCAAAAUUUAUUGUAUACAACAUAAAGAUUCACAAAAAAUCAGAACGCAAACUUUUACAUUACAACAUUACAAUAAAAGACACAUUAAUAAUACUGAAUUGAAAACGUUUCAUUUAUGCUAAUAGAUGAGUAAAUUAAUUUUAUAAGUUUUAAUUGAAGACCUCGCGACAGACCCCGUCCGGUCCCAUCUUAUAUCCAGCAGGGCAAUUAGGUGGCACAACGAUCAUAUUACGUAGAUCAACUUUUGAUGGUGGGGCAGUUUGAUUGGAGGUGGCUUCUUCACCCGCGCUAGUUUCUUGGCUUUCAGCAACUUCGUUUUCACUGGCAACUUCAGCGGGGCAAGGAUUCUCGUUGUCGGCCAUUGUC